AUGAAUAAUCUUUUGAAUUCUAAUUACUCGCAAGAUAGCAAUUAUUCGCAAGAUAAUAAUUACUCGCAAAAUAGUAAUUAUUCCCAAAAUAAUAAUUAUUCACAACAGGAAAAUUCACCAAAUAAUAAUAUUUCAAAUAAUAAAUUCAGGAUAGAGGGAUUAUUAUUAUCUGAACCACAAGUAAAUAAUAAUACCAAUAACAUUAGUAAUAACAAUAUUAAUAACAUUAACAAUGAUAAUAAUAAUUCUCCGAUAGCUUUACCGACUUCUUCACCAAAUACCACUUGUGGUGGAAAUAUUAUUCUACAAGAUUCUUUACAACAAGGUUCGAAAUUUACGAGUCAUACAGAUUUUGUAGUAGCGGUACAAGAAUAUGCUAUACGUCAAGGUUUUACAAUGAGAUUACACAAAUUAAAAAGAAAUAGAGAAGGUAUAGUUAGGUGGAGAGAAAUUGUAUGUUCACGUAGUGGAAGUUCUUGUAAAAAAAAGGUUGGUGAAAGACCAACUCGGAAUCGUUUAUCUCAAAGAUGUAGAUGUCCUUUUUUAAUCAGAGCUUCGGCUAAUGGAAGUUCGGUUUCAAGUUUAAAAGCCGAGACUAUUGAUUUCUAA